AUGGCUAUUUUAAGAGCGAUAUUAGGUUUUACGAAUGCUAGCUUAAUUGUUAUGACUGUGAUCCUCAUGUUAUUGUUUUUAUACCUGAGCCUUGUUUGUCAGCUCGCUAGGGUUGUUAAUGUUCUUGAAAACAUUUAUGGAUUUAACGCGUUGAAGAAAGGUAAGGAUCUGGCGAACGGGAAUAAGUUAGUGGGGAUGGAAAUCGCGUUCGUGUUGUACGGAUUUUUGGUAGGGUUGAUUUUGGUGUAUUUGUUAUUUGUGGAGUACGGAUAUGAGGUUUUAAUAUGGGUAUUGAUUUGGAGGGUGAUGAUGGGAAUAUUAUGCGGUGUUAUUUUUUUUUUGGUGUUGUUGUUGGUGUUUAUUGUGACUCAAACGGUGGUAUAUCUGGUGUGUAAGUCGUAUCAUCGGGAAGCGAUUGAUAAGGUGGGUUUAUCGACGUUUUUAAGUGCUUAUAUGGCGGAGACGAUCGUGUAUCCUAGAUCGGGUGAGGAGAUUCAACUCGUAUGCCCUCAACCUCCGUCUAAUCAGGAAAAUUGA